ACACCAUCUCCCACUCUAUAAAUUCCACAGCUACCAAUUAUCAAACAUCAUCAAAUUUUAACUCCUAGAUUCAGUUUAAGUUUCCCUCCAAUGAAGUUCUUUCUUGUCCACGUUUGUACACUUCUCUCGGUAUCACUUGUAGGAAGUCAUGCAGCGACUCCUGAAGUUUACUGGAAAUCUGUGUUACCAAACAGUCCUAUGCCAAAAUCAAUCAAAGAUCUUCUGUAUACAGAAUGGAAUGAUGAGAAGAGUACUGCUGUGGGGGUCGGAAAAGGUGGUGUCAGCGUUCAUACUGGAAAACCAGGAAAACGAACAGAUGUUGGUGUUGGGAAAGGCGGUGUCGGUGUUCACACCGGAAAACCAGGAAAAGGGACGGAUGUUGGUGUCGGAAAAGGCGGUGUUGGCGUGCACACUGGAAAACCAGGGAAGCGGACCGAUGUGGGAGUAGGAAAAGGCGGAGUAGAAGUGCACACUGGCCACAAGGGGAAGCCGGUUUAUGUAGGUGUACAUAAAGGACCUGAUCCUUUUGUUUACCUAUAUGCCGCAUCCGAGGAUCAGCUCAAGGAUAAUCCCAAUAUAGCAAUGUUUUUCCUAGAAAAUGAUUUGCACCAAGGCAAAGAAAUGAACCUACAUUUCACGAAAAACGACCAAAAAGCAACGUUUUUACCUCGAAAAAUCGCUGAUUCUAUACCCUUUUCGUCGAACAAGCUUCCCCAAAUCUACGACGAGUUCUCAGUUAAAACUGACUCGAUGGAAGCCGAGAUCAUGAAGCAAACGCUUAACGAAUGCGAGAGUACAGGCAUUGAAGAUGAAGAAAAGUAUUGCGCAACUUCAUUAGAAUCCAUGGUCGAUUUUAGUACUACCAAACUUGGUAAAAAUGUGAAAGCGAUUUCAACAGAGGUUAGCGCUAAAGAAAGUACCCCGUUACAAAAGUACAAAAUCAAAGUCGCUAAAAAGCUUGCUGCAAACAAAGCCGUGGUUUGUCACAAGCAAAACUAUGCGUAUGCGGUCUUUUAUUGCCAUAAAACCAUUAGUACUCAAGCUUAUGCGGUUUCUAUGGUUGGUGGGGAUGGAACAAAGGUGAAUGCAGUGGCGGUUUGCCAUACUGACACUGCAAAAUGGAACCCGAAACAUUUGGCGUUUCAAGUGCUUAAAGUAAAACCAGGAACUGUUCCGAUUUGCCAUUUCUUACCUGAAGAUCAUGUUGUUUGGGUUCCAUACUAAUAAACUCAGUAGGGAAAAACAUAUAUUACAGUUUGUGAGUAUGUACUAUUUCAAGAAUCUAUUAGGGUGAGUGGUUUCUAGAGACCCUAUUUAUGGUAUUGUUGCUACUUUUGUUUAUCAGUAUUUGUAAUGUAUAGAAAUAAGUACUCUGCCCUUUUCACUUGAUUAUAUGUAUGUUUAAUUAGUAGAACAAAUUGCUUCAAAACUUUUACAAAA